AUGCCUAAGACGGGCGAUGGAGCAGCUGCGCAAGGAGACGAACAGGUCAAACAAGACGACAAAUUCUUUGCCUCUUCAGUAAUCAUCACAGUCAGCGUCGGCACGGGCAAACACAAGCGAAUUUACAACUUGCAUGAAGAUGUCCUGGUUACACAAUGCCCUUUCUUCGAGAAGUGUCUUCGCUCAGGUAUGAAAGAGCAAGUAGAACAAGCCGUCAAUCUUCCGGAGGACAAACCCGAGUCAUUCGAAAUUGCGGUUAAAUGGAUGUAUGCUGAAAAGGUGCCGACGAACAUCGACGACGUCCGCAUUGGGGCUGCGUACAUCCUUGCCAACAAACUCUGUAUGGCAGAACUUCAGAACGCGCUUGUCGACCAGUUUCGGGCGAUCUGCAGGAAAGGUUCGUUCAAUCUACUAAGUGCUGUGACUUGGAUUUGGCAGCAAACUCCAGAGGGUUGCAAGUUGCGAGAAGUGUCCUUGGAUCAGCUUCACUUUGCAAUCCUCAAGUCCCCAGCUUCGUACAAGAAAGCCGACGGGUUCGAGAAACUGAAGACCGGCGGCAAAUUGGUUACUGAAAUGUACUGGAAAAGUGUAUACCAGAAGCAAAGCGCAAAUCCGGCCUUUCUGACAGGAUGUGUCUACCACGUCCAUGAGGAUGGCAAGAAGUGUACAUAA